AUGGGAGCUUCCUCUUCUCCCCCUCUCACGCCCGGUCCUGCCCACGUACGGCCGGCAGGGCCGGGAAGGGCACACUCCGUUAUCCAAUCCGGCGUCCGUGCACGCAGCGCACACCAUGUAGGCCACAAGAUCUCAGAUAGCUUAUGUCACGGUGGUGGCAUAAGCUACCAGUACCAGCUGCAUGCCUGUGCUCUUCUUCACUUGGAGGCUUGGAGUGUGCCCUCGGCCAUGGCCCAUGGGCGCGUAAGUAGCACCCGAUGGAUCCGGCGUUGGCUAGCCAUCUCCAUCCUCCAUCAAGCUGCAGCUAGCUAG